CAUCUUUUUAAGUGGGAGAACUUGCACAAUUGGUGGCUGACUAAAUACUUUUUUCCCCCACUGUAAUUUCCAUUGACUCCUGUAUGAGCAGGGAUCCAACGAAACUGAACCUCUAUCCCAUUUAUUUGUAACCCUAACAACAUCGUCAUUACAUCUAUCCAUAAAUCCUCACAUUCUGACUUCCCUGAUUUUAAACUACACAAAACCGAUGCAGAAUCUGAACAUAUUACUACUCUUCUUGGUUCACCUCCUCUAUCCAUUGGGCACUGUUCUUCCUGCCGUACACUAAGCGGAACCUAGGUUGAAGAUGACCAAGAGCGGAACUACAACGUCAGAAGAACAGCACCCACUAGCGGUCUCUCUAGUCAGUCUCGACUGUCUGAGACUGGACCCACCAUGGGCAGCUACAGUGACUCCACCAGUGACCUGGACGAGGAUCUCCCUGUGUAUGACUUCCUCCAGCCCGACCGUAGCCUGAGCCAAGCCUUCCAGAGCCACACAGAUCAACCAGACCUGGUGGUCCCGGACAGCUCUCAUACAGACAUCCCCAUAGGGGUGGCUGAUGUUAUGAUGAUCAGUAGUGAUGAUGAGGAAGCGGAGGUUCCCUAUAUCCCCCUGGCGCUGAGACUCAAACAGAGACAGGAGGGUGUGGAGCCUGCAUCGUCCACUCUCAGUAAUGGACAGGACAACCAUCACUCCUCACCUGACCCUCCUGGUGGUUUAGGCCGGUUGGCACCGAAUGGUCACUCAGAGUCCGAACCUCUAUUCACCUCAUACAAGACCCUAAACGGUCAUCGUAGGAUGGAGAAAGGUGGGGGACCAGACUGGGAUGACCCAGAGGAGGCAGCUCUCCCUCAGCUGUGGCCCCCGCCAAAGCCCUCCUCCUGGGCUGGGAACACUACCUCCCCUGCCAAGAGGAAGCCCUCCAAGAGGAAUGCUGAGGAGAACCAGGGGUCCAGGGAGGAGGCGCUGAGGAGGAGGGAGGCCAGGGAGAGGCAGCAGGGGGACAAGGAGGCGCGGAUGCUGCAGCAGGAGAGGCAGAAGGCGGAGAAGAAGGCCCUGGCGGAGGCUGUGAAAGCACUGCGACCAGAGGAGUGUAUCAAACACAUAGUGGUAUCUGUGGAUCCAGGUCUGUUGCAGUUGGAAGGUGGGGGCACUCUGCUGACGUCGCUCCAGGCCCUGGGCUGCAGCUGUGCCAUAGAGAAACAGCCCCUCCCUCGCAGCGUCAACUGGGUCAGGAGAACACCUAGCACUCAGACAGGUGAGGUGUUGUGUAUCCCAGAGGCCCACACAGUGAUGCAAGUACCUGUUGAUGACUUCAUCAACCUGAUCCAUAGCUACACUCAGGAGCAGAGGGGUGGAGGUGCAGACUGUAGCCCCUCUUUGACCUCCUGGACCCUGGGUCUGCAGGCUAGCAACCCUGGCAGGACCCCCAGUCUGGUGGUCAUAGACCUGGAGAAAUACUUCAGAUCCCAGAAGUCCCAGAGCCAGAAGAAGUUCCGGGAUGCGGUCCUGGGGGAGGAGCAAGCAGCAGGAAAGGGGGCGGUGAAAAAGAGGAGGAAGAAAGAUGGAGGUGAUGCACUGCCCAAGGUGUCUCGAGUUGAGGUGGAGGAGGCCGUGGUGCACCUGCAGCUACACACAGGGGUCCAGGUGCAUUUCCUGUCCACCUGGAAGGAGUUCUCUGACCAUGUCGCCAUGGCAACCAAAGCGGUAGCCGAUGCCCCAUUCAAACGAGAGAGGGAGAAGACAGGCUUCUCGUUCUACCUGGAGAGUGAGUGGGCUGGGGGCCAGAAAGUGGACAGGGCUGGGAAAGGACUGCUGCAGGUCUGGAAGAGACAGAUCCAGCAGCUGAACAGAGUCAGCCCAGAUAUGGCCUCUGCUGUCCUCGCUGCCUACCCCUCUCCACAGCUACUCAACCAGGCGUACAGUCGGUGCAAGUCAGAGCGUGAGAAACUCUCACUGCUAUCGGACCUCCUGAUUCGCCGAGGGGAGGGUGUGACUUCCACAACUCGCCGGGUUGGUCCUGAGCUCUCCAAGCGUCUCUGCCUGGCGAUGACAUCUUCAGACCCCCAGCAGACCCUGGACUCCACACUUUGACACUUUUAUGAUGUCAUACAUCUGACCUCAGUAGUGGAAGAGUGGAGUUGGACUGAUGUUCUAAAUCUGUGUUCUUCAUCACUGGUCUUCAGUCCUGCCUCUGGGGACCUCUAUAGGAUAUGCAGGCUUUUGCUCCAGCUCAGCACUAACACACUUCAUUCAACUAAUCAAGGACUUUGUGAUUGGCUGAUCCAUUGAAUCAGACAUGUUAGUGCGGGGCUGGAACCCACCAUGUGGGUCCUCAGGAACAGGUUUGAAAUGCGCUGUGAUACACUCAGUGAACAAUGGAACACAGUGAACUAUGGAGCACAGUGACAUUUGGAUUUCAAUGUUGAAUUGGAUAGUGUCUCGUUUUAUGACAUCCACCUUUGUUUGUAAAAUACAUUUUAUUUUAUUAAAGCAUCUAAAUCAAUCAUGGGA